GCUCUCUGAAGCAAGCUCCAAGUCUUCAGCAGAUACAAUUUACCAGUCCCUUGAAGAGCUAACCCACGAUAGGGAGCUGCAGAUCGAUGAACUGAUGCCAUCACAUCAUUAUCAUCUAAGGUUUUGUUCACCAAGCCCUUCUUUUGUUUACUGACCUGAGGAACUGAAACAUUUUCAAUCAGUGAUGAAGACUACCCCAAAAGAAAAUCUUUCCAGUGGAAGGAAGUUAGAAUAAGGAAGAACAUCUUAAAGUCUGUGUGUUCCUGAGUGCUUUAGAUCACAGCAAACCACAAGACAAAGGAGAAGAUGGGACUUGAGAAAGAGGGUGGAGAGAACAACCAUCUGUGAAGUGAUCCUUCCAUGCUGAGUGUUUGAGGGGGAAGAACACAUAUAAAGAGAAGUGUGCCCUGUUGAGAAUCAGCCUCACAGACCACUGAGGGAGUAUCUCUAGUUGGAGUCUCCUUUAUCAUGAAUCCUGCUCAUCUUAGUAUUUUUAUGAAUCGAGACCACAUGAAAGAUCUCCGAAGGUACCUGACCUUCAAAUACAUCCAGUAUCUAAUCCUACCAUCUCCAAAUAUCAUCAUCACACUGCUGGGAUUGUUUGCCAGUCUGUAUGUCAUGGUGAUUCUGACCUUGCCUUCUGUAUCAAGAAAGUCUACUUCAGUGUUUAUUAAUAACAUAGCUCAGGCAGAUAUCUUAGUUGGCUGCACCAUUUUUUCUGCCAUGACUCAAGGUAUCAUAAGUAGUGAAAGAUCAUCUUUUUUCCAAUCAACCUUGAGGGAGAAUUUCCUGACUGCAAAUUUCCACAUCAGUUCUCUUUUACUCAGCUGUGUGAGCCUUGAGGCCUUUCUGAUUACUUUUCUUCCAGUAGAGACACGCCACUUUAGAACUGUUAGGUAUGCUAGGGUGGCUUCUCAGAUCAUCUGGAUGGCUAUAAUUAUCGAAUGUUUCCUUUAUCAGCUUGAGUGUUUCAAAGACGUUGGCAUUUCUUAUCUUGACAUUCACAGACAAGUUUUGCUGUUGCUGAAUUUUUGUUUUGGAGCCACAAAAGUGCUAAAAUCACUUAUUUACCCAAUUGGGCUACUUUUAAGAAUCUUCAAUGUUUAUCUCUUUUAUAAAAUUUAUUUCCGAGCUGGUAAUAGUUAAUUGUAUAUAUCAACUUGGGUAGGCUUAGGGCUCAGAUUUUGGCAAACCCUAAUAUAGAUGUUCCUCUGAAAACAUUUUGUAGUUAGGAUUAAUGUUUAUAAUCAGUUGAAUUUAAGGAGAUUACUUUAAAUAGUGCGGACCUCAUCCAAUCAACAAGUAUUAAGGACAAAAAUCAAGUUUUCCUACAGGAAGAGAUAAUUUAGUUUCAAGGCUGUAGCACCAAAAUCUUGCUUGAUUGUCAAGUUACUAGGCCUGCUCUACAGACUUCAAACACAAGAUUACAGCAUCACUUUUGCCUGAGAUUCCAAACUGAUGGCCUGCCCUCCAGGUUUUGGACUUUUCAUCCCUGAUAAUCAUGUGAGAUAAUUAGUUAAAAUUAAAAUAUGAAAAAUUCA